CGCGGCGGCGCAGCCAAAAUGGCGGCGGGGGCGGCGGUGCUGGGCCGGGAAGGCGGGGAGGAUGCCUUCCGCCGACUCUUUCGCUUUUACCGGCAGCGUGACGCGGCGGACCUGCGGGGGGUAGUGGACUUCUCCGCGCCGGGUGGGCAGGUGUUCAGAUCACAGCUCAGUAUUUCUUCAGUCAGUGACCAAGAUGCCUGCAGGGCAGGAUUACAGCCAGUUAGCCGGUGGAAAGCCUACGGCCUCAGUGGGUACCCAGGGUUUAUUUUCAUACAAAACCCUUUCCUUCCGGGCUGCCAGCGUCACUGGGUGAAACAGUGUCUCAAGCUAUACACCCAGAAACCCAAUGUCUGCAACCUGGACCUGCACAUGGCUCCUGAGAAGACUGCUGAUCUGUGGGGGCAAAGCAAGGAAAAGCUGAGAAGGAAAGGUUCCAGUAAAUGUGAGCCCCGAAGCUUACUGGAGAAGCUGCGCUGGGUGACCCUUGGUUACCAUUAUAAUUGGGAUACCAAGAAGUACUCAGCAAAUCACCACACUCCUUUCCCCUCAGACCUCGCAUUCUUGUCAGAACAAGUGGCUGCAGCCUGUGGGUUCCGGGGUUUCCAAGCCCAAGCAGGGAUCUUGAACUAUUAUCACUUUGAUUCUUCACUGGGAAUACAUGUGGAUGAGUCUGAACUAGACCAUUCUCGGCCCCUUUUAUCAUUCAGUUUUGGACAGUCUUCCAUAUUUUUACUUGGAGGCCUGAAGCGGGAAGAGGCCCCGACAGCAAUGUUCAUGCACAGUGGAGAUAUCAUGGUGAUGUCUGGUUUCAGCCGUCUGCUGUACCAUGCUGUCCCCCGUGUCCUUCCUAACCCUGAAGGGACAGCUUUGCCUUCAUGCCUCAGCCAAGCACUUUCUUCAGACCUUCCUGUUGGCUCAGUCAUUGAGCACAGCUCUGAUGAGGAUUGGCAAGUCUGUGCCAAGUACUUGCAGUCUUCCCGUAUCAACAUGACUAUUCGACAGGUGUUGGCUGAAGGUCAGAAAUUUCCAGAGGAGUCUGGCACAAACACAAGGAGUCAGGCACCCUCUGAAGAUGGUCACCAUCAGGAGAACAGCAGAGCCAAGAGACAUAAACCAAAUAUUGACAGCUGAGACCCAAAGAUUGUGCUGACGUGGACUGAAUGGACAACCUCAAUUGUACCAGAAGUCUUUGUCUAUACAGGCAUUAAGAAACAACUGUAGAAUAAAAGCAGUCCUUGCUGCUGUAAGGAAGAGGUUGUGGUCUGGGACUUUCUGACCUGUAUGUCAGACUUGUAAGCUUGGUUCAGUUAUGUUUGUAAAAUAGUUUGAAAUAAUUGCGCAGAAAGUGCUACCAAAUGAUACAGUUGCUAUUUAUUUAAGAAGCUCAUCAGGCUAGUAAAGCUCAGCUGGAGUGCGUUAACAGAUGUGAGGGAGAGUAGGUUGCUACGAAACCUACCUGCAGCACUUCCAAGAGAAUUACUUCUACAGCAAAAACUGGCUCAGUGAUCAGAAACUAGCAGCUCCCUUGAGCAACACAUGGUAAGCUUUUUCUAGCCUUGUGCUCUCCUUUUGCCUGUUUGCAGCCCCUCAGCUGCAGCAGAAAAUGAUUUUGAGUGGAUCCAGACUUCUUGCAUACCUCAGAUUUUAAAGGGAAAUGACACGGGGCAAUAUUAGAAUACCAGUUGAGUCUCGUUCUAACAGACAGUAUGUCCUACACCCCCAUUCUUUCACAGCUGCUUCCUCUAAGUGCCUGCAGAUCAGGGUCCUGCAGCCUCAAGCUAGCAUCUUUUAAGUUACAGAAUGACUUCCAAGUAAAAGCAGUGAAGUUGUAGACUGAGUACAUAAAAAAGAAAUUUAUCAGGGAGUAUCUCUGUCACCUAAAGAUAAAUACAUUGAAACAAAGAAAAGUACUGGCUUUUGUUCUCAUUCUCUCUAAGACUCAGACCUUCCUAUCGGCUUUUUAAUGCAAUUUUAAUUGUUGGAGUGGAAUGCUCUAUCUCUAGGGUAUUUUGUUGCACUUUCCAAUGAAUAAACUUACUCAGUUUUUAAAUUAAAGAUCUCUAUCAGUCUGGGGCUUUUUUCUUUUUCCUUUUCUUUUUCUCCCUGUUAGUUAUUUCAAUGUAUUGUUCAUGCUGCUGCUGCAUCCCUUGUACUGUUUCCUCCAGGCAUCUUUUAGAUCUAUUGCUCUGCCAUCUGCCAGCUCUGGCAGAGAAGCCCUGUGUGUUUGUCUGCAGGGCCACUUUGCUUAGGAGCUCUUUCAGGCUUGUCGGGUAGUUCCUGAGGGGUGUGGGCUGUGGUAUCAAAGUCCAAUUUAGUAUGUAUAUGGCAUAUUUUCCUCACAGGGGUAAGUGUGAUUGAUCUGCUUAUUUCACUGCAGGUGAAUAUUUGUGUGUGCAUCUGUGCAAUUAAUUCCGUAUACAAUACUGCAAUGAGUUCCAGUAAUUUAAUGACCAAAAUAAUCAGAUAUGGUGUUUAGUAUCUCACUUCCAAAUUCCUUGCCAGCAGAGUGUCCUUUCUAUACCUCAGGUGGCUUUGGUGUAAUUACAGGUAUGCCCUAGGAGAGUGAAUACUGUUACAGAGAGAGGUUAGAAUAUGACCAGAAGAGAAAAGCUAACUGUCUGGGUAGGUCUCAGAGAACAGCAGAGCUCCCUUAGUGGCACCUCUAGAUGGGGACAGGGAGAGCAAUGCUUGUCUCCCUUACAGUGAGAAGGCAAACUGUUCUUAACACAGAAAGAAACAAAAAAUCUUCCUACUCCCUUAUCACUGAAGCUCAGAGAAGAUGGGAUGCAUGGAACUAGACAGUUAAAAACAAACGGGCCUGUUUUUUCUUUUCUGUAUGUUUUCUUAUCUGCUGAGGUUGAAGUACAUUUAUACUUUCAUUUCUUAAAUGACUUUGAUUCCCUACAAACAUGACAAAUGCCAAGCAAUUAUUUAUUCAACUAUUCAGUUGUUCCUGUGAUUUAAGAACAAGAAACCGUACUGUUUGAAAUUGUAGUAAAUGCUGAAAAACAGCAAUAGCAAUUGUUGAUGUCCAUCCAGGCUUUUUGUUUAGAUGUGGCUGUGCUGAAUACGUGAGUUACAAACUUGGAGUCAUGCUUAUUAUCUAGUGCUACUGUGAGAUACACUCAGUAUAAUUUUGUAUCAGACAUCCGAAAAAUGAAGAAUCCAAGAAGAAAAACCCAGGAAUGGGCAUAUCAGAAAUGACCCCCCAAAAAUAAAAUCAUCCAUGUGUGAAGACUGGAAUAUAAGAAGGGAGAACUUCCUGAAUAGCCAUUAAUAAUGGCAGCAUUAUAUUCACAGCAAACAGUAGAGUACAGAUGGGCAAACCACAGAACUUCUGCAAAUUAUAUUCCUGAGCAUGGUUUUGAAAAGGCGAUAACCCUUGGAAGACAGGGUAGGAAGGCUGCAACCAACAGGCACUCUGCUAAUUUUUACUUCAGGGCAGAAUGACUAGAAACCAGUGACCUAGUUAACACAACCCAUUAACAGGUUGUGGCGUUUACACUUUAUCUGUUAAGGUUUGCAAUGACACAACAGGAUUUUUAAUAGCCCAAAUUUUUAUAUCUACCAAUACCACAAAUAUUUGCUUCUGUUCAUACGGGUACAUGCAGAGAUCAUCUCUGUAGUUCUUUAUUCUUAGAAAGAAGCACUGCCCAAGGGCCACAAGCUCAAAUGCUUCAGUACCAUAGGUAUUGGUCUUCUAGGAUGCCCUGCUAUGUGCAGUUGAGGGGAAGGAAAGAAGAGGUAAUCCAGGCUGGCUCUGCAAGAAAAUGUAUGUAAUGAGCUGAUUACCACAGGAUAAUGAUGUGUUUAAUUCAAAGCCACCUGGAAAUAAAGCAUCUUGUUUAUGAUACGUA